UACCAAAACAGAGGCAUUUGGGUUUCGGUCACUGAAACAUGGCGCCUCUGGUGAAUUAUCUGCGAUUGCUUGUUACAUAGUUCGCAAACGAGUUCAUAGAUUUACAAAACUGUGGAAAAAUAACUAACAGCAGAAAUUUAAACAGGAAGUAGUUUGUUCGGUAGCUUUAGUAGCCGGACAGGAGUUUUCUUGGGUGUUAAUUUUCUGCGUGCUUAUUUGUGUGAACUCUGCCGUCUUUUCCAGGUUAGUUAACUAGGAAUGGAUCGUUUCUGUGCAUCAGAAAGGUCUGAAUACCUGCAGGGGUUGGUCACAGAGUUUCAGGACACCGAUAGUGAAGAAGCUAAAGAGCAAAUUUUGGCCAACCUGGCAAACUUUGCAUAUGAUCCUCGAAACAUGGAAGCCUUGCGGAUGCUGCAGGUGACUGAUCUCUUCCUGGACAUGCUGACAGAGGAAAAUGAGAACUUUGUGGAGUUUGGAAUUGGUGGCCUGUGUAACCUCAGCAUGGACAGGGAAUGUCGUGAUCAGAUUUUGGAGAGCGGAGGGAUUCCGUUAGUGACAGGCUGCCUGUCAAGCCACAGAGACGAGACUGUUCUCUCUGCCAUCACUACCCUAAUGAACCUUACCACAGGGGCAUCACGGUCCGAAACCACAGACAGUGCUGUGGUGCAGUGCAUGCUGCGCUUCUCACUUACACAGAAUCCCCGCCUCAGCAACCUGGCUACAGUCUUCCUGCAGGACUACUGCUCACAGGAACAGGUGGACAGAGCCAGAGAACUAAUGCAAGGACACAGUCAAUCAGUACUCGGAAUUCCACUGCCAAAAGACUAGGAGACCACCAAUUCAUGCAUGUCAGAUCAGAGCUGUCCUGCUUUGUGCUGAAUGCUGGGUGGAUUUAUAGAAAUGGAAGAGCGUGAAUGGCACUGGUGAUAAUUUGUUCAGCAUUACAGUGACAAGUGAGUUUGCCCAUAAAAAUUGUAUUUGUCCUUG